AUGGGCAAACCGCCAAACCUUUACACCUUUCCGGAUACCGACGAGCUGGCCAAGUCGCUGCGCGCCUUUGUCAUCGACGCGCAAAACGCCGCACUCGAGCGACACAACAAGUUCCGCGUCGGCGUUUCCGGGGGCUCCCUCCCCAAAACCCUCGCCAAAGCGCUGCUAGCAAACCCCUCCGGCGACGACGACAAGGUCAAUUUCCCGAAAUGGCACGUCUUCUUCGCCGACGAGCGCGCCGUGCCGCUAGACCAUGAAGACAGCAACUACCGGUUAGUGAAGGAGGAGCUGCUGGACAAGAUCCCUGAGGAGAUGGGCAAGCCGGAGGUCUACCCGAUCGACACGAAGUACAUGGACGACAUACAGGAGAUGGCGGACCAGUAUGAGCAGACGCUCGUCAAGAGCUUCGCCGCGCGGGACAGCGUUAAGAUUCCCAUGUUCGACCUGCUGCUGCUCGGGUGCGGGCCGGACGGGCAUACCUGCUCGCUGUUCCCGGAGUCGCCGUUGCUGCGUGAGACGGAGGCGUGGGUCUUGCCGAUUGAGAACAGCCCGAAGCCGCCACCGAAGCGCAUCACACUGAGCCUGCCGGUUGCGAGCCACGGCAUCAAGAUCGGGUUCGUGGCUACGGGCGGGGGCAAGAAGGAGAUCCUGAGGAAGAUCUUCGACACCGAGGAGGGUCAUAGUCUGCCAUGCGGGCUUAUCAACACGUCUGCGCAGGAGAGAGUGAGUUGGUUUACGGACUUUGCUGCUGUCGAGGGGGUGCGGUUCCCUAGUCGAAGGGGCAGCCUGUAG